AGGUGAGGCGGCCGCGCGGCCUGCGGGCGGGUCCGGACGGGGCCCCGCCCCGCGGGCCGGCCAUAAAUGCGCAGGGCGGGCGGCCGCCGCGGUGAGAGCGCUGCAGGCAGGUGACCGAGAGGUCGGCUCGCCCCGCGUCCCGUCCGCCGCGCGCCUGGGUCGGGCCGGGCUCGGAGCCCCAGCCAUGCUGUUCUGGCACACCCAGCCCGAGCACUACAACCAGCACAACCCCGGCAGCUACCUGCGGGAUUUGACUAGUGCUCUUCAGAGGGAAAACGACGUCCUUGCUCUGCCCAUCUUCAAGCAGGAGGAGCCGCAGCUGUCCCCCGAGAACGAGGCCCGCCUGCCGCCCCUGCAGUAUGUGCUGUGCGCUGCCACGUCCCCGGCUGUGAAGCUGCACGAGGAGACCUUGACCUACCUCAACCAAGGUCAGUCUUAUGAAAUCCGACUGCUGGAGAACAGGAAACUGGGAGACUUUCAGGAUCUGAAUACAAAAUAUGUGAAGAGCAUCAUCCGCGUGCUGUUUCACGACCGGCGCCUGCAGUACACGGAGCACCAGCAGCUGGAGGGCUGGCGGUGGAGCCGGCCCGGGGACCGGAUCCUGGACAUCGAUAUUCCACUGUCUGUUGGUAUCUUGGACCCCAGGGCCAGCCCGACCCAGCUGAAUGCAGUCGAGUUUUUGUGGGAUCCUUCAAAGAGAGCAUCUGCGUUCAUUCAGGUGCACUGCAUCAGCACCGAGUUCACCCCGAGGAAGCACGGGGGCGAGAAGGGGGUGCCCUUCCGGGUGCAGAUCGACACCUUCAAGCAGAGCGAAAAUGGGGAGUACACGGAGCACUUGCAUUCAGCCAGCUGCCAGAUCAAGGUGUUCAAGCCGAAGGGAGCCGACCGGAAGCAGAAGACGGACCGGGAGAAGAUGGAGAAAAGAACCGCCCAAGAGAAGGAGAAGUACCAGCCGUCCUAUGAGACCACCAUCCUCUCAGAGUGCUCCCCGUGGCCCGACGUGGUUUACCAGGUGAAUAGCGCCUCAUCCCCAAGCUACAACGGCUCACCAAACAGCUUUGGCCUCGGCGAAGGCAACAGCUCCCCGACCCACCCAGUGGAGGCCCUGCCUGUGGGCAGCGAUCACCUGCUCCCCUCGGCCUCCAUGCAGGACGCCCAGCAAUGGCUCCACCGCAACAGGUUCUCCCAGUUCUGCCGGCUCUUCGCCAGCUUCUCGGGCGCUGACCUGCUCAAGAUGUCCCGAGACGACUUGGUCCAGAUCUGUGGCCCUGCAGACGGGAUCCGGCUCUUCAAUGCCAUCAAAGGCAGGAACGUGAGGCCGAAGAUGACCAUUUACGUCUGCCAGGAGCUGGAGCAGAGCCGCGUGCCCCUGCAGCAGAAGCGGGACGGCAGUGGGGACCCCAACCUGUGUGAAGGACCUGUCCUCCGCCCUCCAGUGUACCACGCCAUCUUCCUGGAGGAGCUGACCACCUUGGAGCUGAUCGAGAAGAUCGCCAACCUCUACAGCAUCUCGCCGCAGCACAUCCACCGGGUGUACCGCCAGGGCCCCACGGGCAUCCACGUGCUGGUCAGCAACGAGAUGGUGCAGAAUUUCCAAGAUGAAUCCUGUUUCAUCCUCAGUACCUUAAAAGCUGAGAGCAACGACGGCUACCAUGUCAUCCUGAAAUGCGGCCUCUGAGCAGAUGCAGAGUGGGCAGCUGCCUCCCACCCCCAGCCCCACGGACCCCCUUGGAUGUAGAUAUCACACCCCUGGAAGCUGUGGCGCGGAGGGACCUGGCCCGGCCCGUGAAAGCCACAGACCUGCGGACGCUGCGGGUCUGGAGGGCAGAAAGCCAGCAGCUCCUCUCUCCCCCGCCUUAGCCCCCAGCUUUGGGACAGUUCCCCCGUUCUUUUUCCCAGUCCUUCCAUCUGAAAAGGCCAACGGGGGCCACCUGCUCUGAAACCUCUUGCUCCCCUGGCUGGAGGCUGGUUCACCAGGUACCCGGGUGCCGCUGUGCGGGUUCCUUCCGCCCGUUCUCCUGCCUCCAGAGAAGGCUCUGCCUCUCUCGCAGGCCUUCACCCUCUUCUCUGCUGACUGGCUGGGUCCCUGGGCGGCUGACUACCUGGGGUGGUUCGAGACGGUCCUGUCUCCGUGUGGGUUUCCCGUCUUGGUGAUCCUGGUGAGCGUCUGUCCUUCCUGUUCCUGGAUGGCUUGAUGGGUGUUGGGUUGACUCUGCCUUCUGGUUCUUUUCACAUUGACCUUGAUUCUAAGUGUCUGCUGCCGCUCACAGCCCAGAGGGGGCCUUGCGUUUCUCCAUUGCUGGGGUAGACACUCCGGAGCCACCCACAGCUGGUUCUAAGGCCCUUGGGGAGGAGAGGAUGGGGCUGAGAAGACUAUUUUUAGGCACAUUCUCAUGAAUAUAAAAAGGAAGAGAACUAAAUGCUUCCUCUUGGGCUUUUUUUGGGUGUAAGUUUAUUUCCUAAGCAGUUGUGGGUGGAGGAGGACUAGAAAGUGAACAUCUUGUUGCAGGAUCACAUGACCUUGACUAUCCUGAUGCCAAGUCCUCUUGGGUGGACUCACCAAAUCCCAUUUAGAGAGGACCACUAACCUUCCCAAGCUCCCUAGGGACGUUGUGUUUUCUGGGAGGGCUCCCCUUUGAAGGUCUCUCUUUUUCCACUUGUAGAGGCUGUGUUUGGGCACUUCUCCUGCGUUAGAGUGGCUGGAUCACCUUUCUUAGAUAAUCGGUAGACUCAGGAACUAGCAUCUGUCUCUGUUCCUCGGGACCCUGUGAUCUGUGUUACUAACGUAGGUUCAUCUAACAGACAUGGUGAGCACUGUGACCCGUGGAGCAGGAUCUGACAGCCUUCAAAGUGGAGCUUUUGGGGACUAGAAUGUUUUGGGGGAAUAUAGAGAUGAUCCUAACUGGGUACCCUUGUUCUACAGACAGAGAACCUGAAGCCUAGAGGGGCAAAGCCUGAUAUCCCGUAGUGAUCAGGCGAUAACGUAGAUUUGUCAUCUAAACCAGGGCAUCUCUGAGAGCGAAAGGCGCUCUGGUAGUAAUACUGCUUGGACCACAGGUGUGAUGUAAGGACAGGCUUCUCAUUCCCUUUCCAUUUUGGGGCUGCAUGUAGCAGCCUUCUUGAGAUAUAAUUCACACACUAUACAGUUUACCUAUUUAUAGUGUACAGUUCUGCGAUUUUUUUUUAGUCAAUUCACAGGAUCACCACAAUCAAUUUUAGAACAUUUUCAUCACCCAAGACAUCUCAUGUAUAUGGAAUCAUACAAUAUGUGGUCUUUCGUGGUCUUUUUUUUUCACCUAGCAUAGUGUUUUCUAGGGUCAUCCAUAUUGAACAUGUAUCAGUACUUUGGUCUUUUUAUAGCUUAAUAAUAUUUCAUUCCAUGGGUGGACUGCAUUUGUUUAUCCAUCCAUCACUUGAUGGAUAUUUGAGUUGUUUCUGUCUUGGGGCUAUUGUGAACAAUGCUGCUAUGAAAUAUUUGUACACGGUUUGGUGUGUUUUCUUUCAGGAAUAUACAUAUGACUGGAAUUGCUGGUUCAUUUACUAACUCCAUGUUUAACUUUUUGAGGAACUGCCAGACUGUUUUCCAAAGCAGCUGCAUCAUUUUACAUUCCCAUCAGCAGUGUCUGAGGGUUCCGGUUUUCCCCCAUCCUCAGCAACACUUGCUAGUAUCUGUCAUUUUGAUGAUAGCAUCCCAAUGUGUGUGAAGUGGUGUCUCAUUGGAGUUUCAAUUUGCAUCUCCCUGAUGGCUAAUGAUGUUGAGUAUUUUUUCAUGUGCUUACUGACCAUUUGUAUGUCUUCUUUGGAGAAAGGUAUAUUCAUAUCCUUUGCCUGUUUGCAAUUGGCUUAUUUGUCUUUUUAUUAUUGAGUUGUAGGAGUUCUUUGUAUAGUUUAGAUGCAGGCCCUUUAUCAGAUAUAUGAGGUGUCAAACUGUUCUCUGCUUCUGGGGGUUGUCUUCACUUUUAUGAUGUCCUUUGAGGGACAAAGGUUUUUAAUGUUGAUGAUCUCUAAGACACCAUUUUUCUCUUGUUGCUUGUACUUCUGAUGUCAUAUCUAAGAAACUAUUGCCUAAUCCAGGGUCAAGAAGAUUUAUGUUUUCUUCCAAUAAUUUUUAUAGUUUUAGCUCUCCUGUAGUCUUUGAUUAAUUUUGAGUUAAUUUGUAUUUAUGAUGUGAAGGAUGGGUCCAACUUCAUUCUCUUGCAUGUAGAUAUUCAGCUGUCCCAGCACCAGUUUUGAAAACACUAUGGGUGUCCCCAUAGAAUUGUCUUCAUACCCUUGAUCGUGGCCCCUAAUUCUUGCUGGGUCUUUUUCUCUGUGACAUGGGACUGUCAUUAGGAUGCUCAGCCCAUGUUUGGCUCCACCAGUUUUACAACUGGCUUUCUCUCCUUUUCUUUCUGUCUCCCCCUUUCCCUGUUUCAACAAUACUGGGUGACAUCACUCUCUGAUGAUCUACAGCCUUUCUGGGUGCAUGGCUCCACACAUCAGUCCUAGGGAAAGGUCAGGAUCAAUCAUUUUCUGUUUUGAGGAGACCAAGUCACACAGAAGUAGAAAAACUUGCCCAAGGUCCCCCAGAACCAGAACUAGAUUAUUGGUCUUGUGACUUUUGGCAUUUUGAGAUGUCUACAGUUCACUAGACCCAAGAGAUGCCACUAGCCAGGCCAAGUGAUGACAGGCUAAAAUCUUAAUUCUAAAAAUGUGGUAGGCUAAUAUUUUAUUUUUAUUUCUUCAUUCAAAAUAAGAGUCCAACAAGAUCUUAAGUUUGCUGUAGGUAGAGUCUUUCAUCUGGAAUGCACACUGCAUCAGCUCUGCUUGCCUUCUCCUAAUGGUUAUAGUUCAGUCUUGUAGCUUACACAGAAGUAGAAAAUAAUAAAUACCAAAGAAGAAUACACAGUCAUUUGGUACCAAAAUGUUUUAGCUGCCCAAUUCAGCAGUUUGUUCCUUCCACAGGGGUCAGAGGAGCUACCCGCAGGUUUUUGGAUUUUGUGUCUAUUUUGUGAAGGGUGUCCCCUUCACCCCCAUGUAUUCUGAGCUGUGGCUGCUCCUUGGGAGCAACAAAUUUUAAAAGGGAUCCCCCAAGGGACAGAAGAUGUACCGUGCACCAGAGCCACUGUCUUGAACCAGAAACCCGAAGUGGAGUGCUUUUUUUCUCAGUCCAUCACGUUUCUUUGCUGGGCAGUUGUCUGAAAAGUUGUGAUAAACCUUCUCCUGGUUACCGAGUCGCCCCUUUAUAAUAAAGACAUGGGCUUUGGAAUGGGGGAAGGGAUGGUAGGCCUUUGGAAACAGCAGGAGGGGCAGGGAGUUGGAAGUCUCAGUGUAAGGUACUAAGCAAAGGUCAGAUGCUGUCCUGGUGACCUCCUUCCCUGGCCACCUUGGGCUUCUUGGGAAGAGCCAUGGACCUAGAGGGCCUUUCCCGGGAGCAGAGCACAGCUGCCUGAGCAGUGCGUCACAAGUCUCCAAGUCCAGACCGGCCUCGGGCUGGCCUGCAUGAGUUAAGGUCUGAAAAUCAUUAACGAGUUAAUGAGAAAAAUGGAAGAGCUUCUUUUGCUGUUGUCAGUGGAGCAGGGGGAGGCAGCCCCCAGGAGCUCAGGGAAGAUGGAAAAGCAAGUGACCAGGAGCCAGGAGUCCAGGCCCUCACUUGGCGUGCUUUUUCUACCUCUCUGGGUCUCACCUCCUCUCUGGGAGGCUUCCGGGGCUGUGACUGACUCAGGCGUGGGUGUGUCUGAGGGGGGCAUUCCUUUUUUUCCGUCCAUCAGAGUUGCACUGUGGGUGGGUGGCGUGUACAUGCAUGCUUCCUAGUGGUACGCAGCGCCUCAAUACUUCUGCUUGGAUUGGUACACGCUUUGCGAGGUUGCAUGCACUUAUCCAUGUCUUUAGGAAUCCAGCCUAGCUUGCAACCAGGGUGACUUGAUUCCAUCCAUGCUCUUAAGAGUGGCCACCAGCUGUUCCCUGCAGGCUGAGGCUGGAUUCCUUGUUGGCUGGCUGCAUGUCUACAUUACAGACAUGGCAUGUGUGCAUGCCUGUGUGUGCAUGUUCAUGGGUGCACAUGAAUCCCCUUCUCUGCCCUUGUAUCUGCCCUGAGCGUCCUCAGCUCACCUAGACAGAGUGGUGACUGCUACUUCCUUUAGGCCUUACGUGAUGCUCCUGGUUCGGACUCUGUUGAUAAAACUGAUUAGGGCACUGUUGCCCUAAUUGUAGGGAAAGGCCCAUCCUCAGUCCUGCUCUAGGGGGCAGAGCCAUGCUGGGAGCUGACAUCUAACCGGGACCCCAAACGCCAGGCCCUCGGACUUGGUCUUACUUGCAGCCACCUCACGUUCCCUGUGUCCCCAUGGGUUGCGUAUUCUGUGUGUGACGUCGUCAGUCAGGCCAGGCAGUCGGAAGUAUUUGUACAUCCUCUCUGAUCACCUCCCGGCCCCCUUCCCGCCACUCCGUGGGGCAGAGCAGUGCAGUACAAGACAAGCCACCCCCACCUCCUUCCCCGGGGCCGGCCUGAGAACUCCAUGCAGCCUCUGCCCAGUUCCCCAGAGCACCUUGCAAAGGCUGGGCUUUCCUCUUGCUCCUGCGGGGACUGACUCAGCCCUGAGGCUGUGGUCCUCACCCAGCCCUGUAGGGGCUUUCUAGUGGCAGCAGCCCCAAGAAGUAUCUCUAAGAGGUGGCUUUGAUGUUCUGCCCAGGGUAACUGGCAGGGUGAGGCAGGGAGGGGCCAGCCGUGCUUAGUCGUGGGCUGAGACACCCAGCUGUUUGGGCAGCCAGGCCAGCCUGUCCCAGGAGGGAGUGUGUGAGCCUGUCCCUGCCUUCAUCCUGUGGAGUCCCAGACGGGGAUGGGGUGGGGGGUGGGGGCCUGCAGGGGGCUAGCAGGGACCAGGAAGCCUUUUAUCAUGAAAAGUUUUCAAUCCUUCUUGAAAGACAGACCAAUAUAAUUAGCCCUGGUACCCAUCACUCCACCUCCUCAACGAUCACCCUACACCUGCUCAUCAGGGACAGGCCAACUGCGGGCCAAAUGCAGCUUCUUGCUGCGUUUUGUAGUCUGUUUGAUGACAGGGAACACUGAACUCAAUGAAGUGAAAUGUCAUCCUGUCCUCCCCUCCGCCAUUCCACUCCUGUUUGUAUUACCAAAACCUGUACUGUUAUUAUAGUUUGAAUUUCAUCAUCUGAAACAUUAUGGAAACUCAUUUUCUCUUAUUUGCCUCCUUGAAGCCCUUAAAGCCAAAAAUAGGUCUCAUCCGGCCUUCACAGAAAAGCGUUGCCCACUGCUGAGCUAGACCUCUGUUACCCUGUAUGCCCCCUGAAUGAUGUUGAAUAAUAUCCUUGAAAAUACGGGCUUUUAAAAACAAUAAAAAGUACUUUGUUUGGAGCUUUGAGGCAGGAGCAUCAUUCACAUGAGCAGUCUUUGACACCAGCCCCCGGCCCGCCUGCUGGUCAUGUGCCCCUGCCCCAGACAGUCUUUGCCCCAGCUGCUCAAGAACCGCAGUCCUUUGCCCCUUCCCUCCUGCUGUCCACUUCUUGGACACUUGCUGGGCCUUUGGUCACUGGGCAGGGUGCAGGAGGGUUGUGUCCGAGUGCCGGAUGUGGGGAGAAUACAGUACCGGCUCCGGGCCCUGGUGGGUGGUGGUCUCUUGACUUAGGUCAUUGGGACUUUACCGCCCCAGGAGUUGCGGCCUGACCUCCACCUCUCCUGGCACCUUGAGGACCUCUCAGCUGCUCUGGGGCCCCCCAAAGCCCCUUCCGCAUGUCUGCAGCUCCUCCUCUGACAAGGGGACCGGCUUGUGACAGCUUCAGCUUGGUGAUGGGGAGGGUUUCCCUGCCCUCUGCAAGGGCUCCCUGGGCCCAGUGCUCACUUCUGCCCCGGGGAGAAGCUGGCCCACAGGCAGCCUCAUGCUGGGGCGGUCCCGCCUCCCUGUGGCUUGGCUGGCCAUUCUGGGCUCCUGGUUCCCUUGCUUCCAGUGAAGAUGGCCAGACACUGCAGCCAGCCCUCUGUUAGCACUAACCACUGAUGAUGCUGCCUGGCCUCGCCUGAGUCUGACUUUGGGCUCCAUGCUUUGCCGUUGUCCCAUUUGAGCCUCCUCACAGCUCUGAGGCCCCGAAGGCUGAUUUCUAGCUGAGGAAAUCAAGACUGAGAAAUCAGAUAGGGGCCCGGGUCCUCCGACUAUUGAUGGGCUGAGCCAGGGACCGGAUCCUGCACCUAGACCUCGCACUCUUGCCCCGGAUGCACGGGCGAGUCCUUUCAUCCCUAGGGCUCACUUUCCUGAUGACAUCAUCCCUGGGCUCUGUGCCCUGCGAUGGGUGGGUGGGGGGGGGGGGCAGGGCAGGGAGGGGUGUCAGGAGGGGGACAGAAGAGGUCAUUGUUUUGUGCCUUCCACCAUCCCUCCCAUUGCUGGGCAACACCUUGGUUACUGUGCUUAACCAAUGCUCCUGUAUAGAAAGUGAUUUCUUUUUUAGAAAUGUCACUUCGUUACUUUUCUCCAGUUGGGGUGACUCUUCUCUUAAGGUGGCGGGCAUCUCAGAUGGGGCGGUGUGGCCCUCUGAUGGGUCAGGUGGGCAUGACAUUGGGAGGGGUUGUAGGGGGACAUGGGCAUCAAAGCAAAAGUUGUCACACUGCCACUUUUUUGUACCUGAAAUAAAGCAUAUUUGCACUUGUUACUGGACCAUUGUGCAGACGAGAGAUCUAUGUGUAGGUUCCGCGCUUGGGUCAGAAUGCAAAUAAAAUUCAUUUGUAAGAAA